AUGACGUUCAAUCAGGAUGAUGAACUCUUCACCAGGGCCAUAUCUGGGUACCGCGAAGCAUUUUUGGAUCGAUAUUCCCACCUUUCGGAUGCCGAACGAAAUCAACUCUGGAGCCGCCGGAUCAGCCCUUUUAUCCCGGCCCUCGAACGGAACGACGUGACCCCCAGCAAGGGCAAACGAACUCGACAGGAUGCUAUCCCGCGGACGGUCCCUGGUUCUGGUCUUCCGCAAGCGAAACGGCGAGCCACCACCCCGGAUCUUCCGGUGACCGUCGAGCUCAGGCGCGCACUCUCCCAAGCAUCCACCGCUGGUAGUCCCCGAAAGGGUCCCUCCCCAGCGUACCGGCAUACGCCCAUGGUCCGCUCGCAGAGCCAACAGAUCCCCAUAUCCCACUGGCACCCACCCGCGGUCAUGGGCAAAGGGCCAUCUUUCGGAACGAGGACCCAGCAACCGCGCGAGCAAGUGAUCGACGAGUACUCGCCUUCCGAAUACACGGAACAGCUGCAACUGGACGAUACCGAGUCAUAUCCUUCUGGUACUGGUUCGGCUAUGCCGCUCGGUCUCGCGGCUCAUGGAUCGACUGAACUGCAACUCCACCACGGACAGGUCUCUCCUGAUACAACCCCCGCAGCCAUCAACAUGACUCGCAGUGGAACAACCGACACGAUCAUCAACCACUUUGACAACUUCCGAUUUGAUCAAACGGCUCCAAACGCGGACCCGGAUCUGGCUUCCUACUCUAUCCCCAUCCCCCCAGAAUGGGUGCCCACAUCCACAUCUGGUCUCCCUUUCCCUCCCCUAUAUCCUGACAUAGAUUCCACUUUCCCACUCACCUACCCUCCAUCCUUCUCCACAUCUGCCCCCUGCACAACUUCCUUUCACCAUUUUCAACACACCCCGAUAUCUGAAAUCGAAUCCACAUCCACAGUGGAUGUCAAACCUACCCUACAAUCCGAAGACCAAGUCCCCCGCGCAGUCCGUCGGACCCAAGAACAAGUCGCCCAUGCAUCCCGUCCCAUCGCUCCGAAGCGCGAAACCCACGACAGCACAAGUCCCAUCCUGAUCCAAGACAGCACAGACCCACACAAGAUGGUCCGCAUCUCACCAACAGACGGCACCGCUAAAGAAGUAGCAGCCAUCCCCAAGGCCUCCAUCCAGCGCCCCCCGCGUCAAAAAACAUACUGCCGCCUCUGCACCGAUCAGCCAGAAGGAUUCCACGGCGAACACGAACUCCGCCGCCACAUGGACCGCGUGCACGCCUCCGUCCGCAAAGUCUGGGUCUGCGUCGAUAUUUCACCCGACAAAUCUUUUCUGGCGAACUGCAAAGCCUGUCGGAAUGGCAAAAAAUACGGCGCGAACUACAAUGCCGCGGCGCAUCUUCGACGCACGCAUUUUAAUCCCUGUCAACGUGGAAGAGGAGGACGGGGGAAGGAUAGCGAGAAGCGAGGUGGAAAGGGUGGGGGGAAUCAUCCACCUAUGGACGUUCUUAAGCAUUGGAUGAGACAGACUGUUGAGCGAGCUGAGGAGGGGAAUGAUAGUGUUGAGCUUGAGGCUGAGCUAGAGGCUGAACUUGAGCUUGAGCGGCAAGGGAGUUUCGGGUCUGAUUCUGUUGAUGAUGAGAGGGAGGGGAAGCUUGAUCUGGAUCUUGAUGUUGAUCUAGAUGAGCCACGUAUGAACUCAAACUUGAAUUCGAAUUCAGGUUUGAACUCGCAUGUGCCCCGUUCCAUGACCCAGAGUCAAACUCACUCAUUCGGAAUGGAUCCCACCCUUGUACAUGGAUUUGAGUCAUAUCCCAUGGCAUAUGAGCUUGGUUCCUCGCUCGAUGUCCCAUUCUGCAUGGACUCCCAACCUCCGUUCCCACCGGAGAUGGAGUCGUAUGUGAUGUGA